GUCUCUUUGUGGCAGAGGCCAUGUGAAUUGGUGGACACCUUCAGGUUUGAGCCUGCUCCCCAGCCCAGCCUUUAUAUAUGUUGGCAGAGCUUGCUAGCCCGCAAGGCAGCCUCAUCAUCCCCUUUUGGCAAGGGGACCAAGGCUAAUGACUAGCAAAUGGGAACGGUGAGUAAUCCAUCAAGGAGCCAACACGUCCAGCCCAUAGGAUCAUUUAUUUCCACAAUGAAAAUUCAGCAUCCGCUUUGGUGACUUAUGGUCUUGAACUCGCAAGUGGGUCAAGGUGGGAGAUUCUCUUGAGAGUUCCCGGAAAUAAUAAAAAAGUCAACGUGAAUUUGAAUAUUUUUUAUGUUCUUUGGAAAGUAACACAUAUAAAAUAACAAAGUAACCUGCAAACAAACAUUUGUGGGGGAAAUGUCCGAUUUCAGUGUUUAAAAAUUGUCUGUUUGGUUGUUCAUGAUUGUAGGGUUUAAGAAUGUGGAAUUUCCCUAGCUUUUUUGUGUGUUGUUUUCAUUUGUGAUGUUUUUUAGUUAUAUUGCAAACUGCUUAGAGAUUUCCCCCUGAAAUACACGGAGUAUAUAAGCUGUCCAAAAAUUAAAAGAAACUCCCUAGUCCUUUCUCUAAUACAGGAAGGCCGUGUGUGCUUAUUCUUUGAAGAUACCAUCUGAACAAAAAGAAUAAAUAUGGCAAUAUGUAAAUGUACACAGAAAAAGCAGUGACCAAGUCAAAAUGGGAGCAGAUGGAAGCAGAUUGACAGCCAAAAGGCUCUCAAAGGGGCUUUGAAAACAUUCUUGCAUUCAAAUCUGGCAUCAGAAACAGAAAUAAGAUGCUUUUCCUAUCAUGCUAGAAUUAUCUUGACGGCAUUUCUUGCCUGGGACCCGGUCACCCCUGGCGUUACCCUUCAGCCUCUCCCUUCUAGGCAGCAGAGCCUCUUGGGAUCCAUUAAUCAAUUAAUGAAUUAAUUAAUAUACUGCCCUUCAUCCGUAGCUCUCAGAGCGGUUUUCUCUGAUUCCAGAGAGUGGGGUGGAUUGUGUUCAUUCCAGGCACGAGCCCACUGGAAAGAAUGGGAGUUGCACAAAGGCAAAGCAAUACACAUUUCAGCGGGUGGAUUGGGCCCAAAGGAAAUUACUCUAGAGUCAAGUGACAUUCCAGUUACUUGUGUAAUUACCCAGUUAUCUCCUCUAUCUUCCCUAGUGUUGGUAAAACAAUUUCUGAACCAAGCAAUCCCUACAUGACAACGUCUGUUUUUGCGGGAAAUCUCCGUGAGUUAAUUAUCGUUGCAAAACAGAUCACCAGCAUUGAUUGUGUGGGAAUGUUUUCUUACUAGGAAACCCAGAUUACUCCAACAAACCACGGAACGAGGAGAUAAAAAUGAAAAUGAACAGCCAUCCUUGUGCAGUUGUGAUUUUUACGAUGGUCUGUUAAUGCAAAAUCCUGUUUGCAUUAUCCCAGCACGGCAGUUGAUCAGUAACUGUUGCUUGAGUCAUCUUUUAAUUCUACCAAAUAUGACAUUGUACUGA